GUUGAUCUCUGAGGAAUGUUGUUAGUUAGCUGCUAAGCUAACGAGUUCUACUGUCGGACAGAGUUUUGUAGCGGCUCCUCACUGCCUCUCGCUCAGGUGUCAGGUCCAGACAGACAGGUGGGUGUCCGGAGUCCAGUCUGGACCUCUCAUUCAGACCGGACCGCUCUCGUUUGGCCCGGUCUGUCUGAACCGGCUCGCUAAUCCCUUCACGUUGGCCUGGUUUUAAGCUCGUUUGUUGUCGCCGCCGUUUAGAUUCGAGCCGAGUCUGACCGAACAGAGCCGAACCCGGACGGCCUCAAAAAUGCCAGCUUCUCCUAUUUUAAACGGGCUCGGAGGAGUCUGCUGCCUUCUGUAAACUCUGCUCCGCUACUGCGCACGCGCGCCGCAGGUAACCCUCGUAGCUCCGUUACUGCGCACGCGCACCGCAGGUAACCCUCGUGGAAUGCCCAGAAAGGGUCAGUCCCACCUGAGAAAACAACCACGCUGCUUCCAGCUGGAGCAGACUAGCACAACACCGCUGGGGCUGUAACGUGCUGGAAUGUGAGGCAAUGCUCGCUCGGCCGCCAUGGCCAGUGUCACCCUGCGGUACUUCUGUUACGGCUGCCUCGUCACCUCCGCCACGUGGUCUGUCCUCCUCUUCCUCUACUUCUCCAUGGAGGCGGAGCCCGGCCGGGGCCGGCUCCCGCUGCGCCGCAGCCAGCCAAUCACCAGAGGCCUGUCUGAGGGCGUGGCUCCGCCCAAAAGGGAGGGGAAGCUUCCUCCAGAGAUGGGGAUGGUCUUCAAUGAAGCGGAUCAGGAGGUCAGGGAUGCUGGUUACCAUCGGCACGCCUUCAACGUCCUGAUCUCCAACCGUCUGGGCUCCCACAGAGAGCUGCCCGACACCAGAGACAAGCAGUGUCGGAAACGCUCGUACCCCCAGGCUCUACCCUCUGCCAGCGUAGUGAUCUGCUUCUUCAACGAGGCGCUCUCCGCCCUGCUGAGGACCGUGCACAGCGUGCUGGACCGGACGCCGGCAUACCUGCUGCACGAAAUCAUCCUGGUGGACGACCAGAGCGAGCUCGAGGAGCUGAAGGAGGGGCUGGACCGCUGCGUCAGGGAGGAGCUACAGGGGAAGGUCAGGCUGGUGAGGAACCGCAAGAGGGAGGGGCUCAUCAGAGGACGCAUGAUCGGAGCUGCACACGCCACCGGGGACGUGCUGGUCUUCCUGGACAGCCACUGCGAGGUGAACCAGGACUGGCUGCAGCCGCUGCUGGCGCCCAUCCAGAAGGACCGCCGCACCGUCGUGUGUCCCAUCAUCGACAUCAUCUCAGCGGACACGCUCACGUACUCGUCCUCCCCCAUCGUGAGGGGGGGCUUCAACUGGGGACUGCACUUCAAAUGGGACCCGGUGCCCCCAUCUGAGAUCAGUGGGCCUGAGGGGGCUGCCGGACCCAUUAGGUCCCCCACCAUGGCAGGCGGGCUGUUUGCCAUGAACCGCGAGUACUUCAAUGAGCUCGGACGCUACGACCCAGGGAUGGACAUCUGGGGGGGGGAGAACUUGGAGAUCUCCUUCAGGAUCUGGAUGUGUGGGGGUCAGCUGCUCAUCAUCCCCUGCUCCAGAGUGGGACACAUCUUUAGGAAGAGGCGGCCGUACGGCUCGCCGGGGGGGCAGGACACCAUGGCGCACAACUCGCUUCGACUGGCCCACGUGUGGAUGGACGAGUAUAAGGAGCAGUACCUUUCCCUGCGACCAGAGCUACGGAACCGCAGCUACGGCGACAUCAGCGAGCGCGUGGCGCUCCGGAAGCGGUUGCAGUGCCGCUCUUUUCGAUGGUACCUGGACACCGUCUACCCUGAAAUGCAGGCUGUUGCCAGUGGCAACAGGCCGCCGCCCCUGUUUGUCAACAAAGGCCUCAAACGGCCCAAAGUUCUGCAGCGAGGGCGGCUUCGUAACCUGGCGGUGGGACGCUGCCUGACCGCCCAGGGCCGUGCUAGCCAGAAGGGCGGGGCUGUUGUCGUGCGACCGUGCGACCCCCGAGACCCUGAACAGGAGUGGAGCUACGAUGAGGAGGGGCAGCUGGUGCUCGCCGGUCUGCUGUGUCUGGACGUGUCAGAGGUCAGGACCUUUGACCCCCCCAGGCUGAUGAAGUGCCACGGAUCAGGGGGGUCCCAGCAGUGGAGCUUAGCGAAGUCGAGCCGGCUCUACCAGGUCUCUGUCGGUCAGUGCCUGUCUGUGUCCCAGCCGCUGGGAUCCAAGGGGCACGUCUCCAUGGCGAUAUGCAGCGACUCCCAGGAGCAGCAGUGGCAGCUGGAGGACUGAGGGCGCCGCCGUGAGGACAGGAGUGGAACCACAUCCCCAGUUUGAGGACCAAUCGGCGUUUUUUAUGUGGACAGCCGGCUGCUUUCAUGGUUUUAAAUGUUCACUUUCUGAAAACCAUUGGAGAGGGGGCGCGUCCUGAAGUCCCCUCCCACUCGUGUUCACACACAGACACGCACACACAAAGUGUGUCAACGUUUUUCUUUCUAGAAAUGAAACUUUCAAAGCGUUUUAAAAAAAGUUGUUUUACACUUAAGGAAGUCCUUAAAGUGACUUUGGAUGAUGGACAGAAGCCCUUAACUGUCUCUGUAAGGUAACCCUUAAAGGGAGGGGGGGGAGUCUUUUAUUUUGAAGGACAGUUUAAUUUAAGGUUCUUUUAUUGCCUCAGAACAGGAAGUUGUCUUUGUACAGAUGUCAACAAACCAACAGUGAGUGCAGAAAGGUGGCGCUGAAGGGCUGAUGACCUUCAUCAUCCUCAUCGUUUCUGCUCUUGGCGGUCACAGAGAGGCGGGCAGCAUCGCCGUCCUUCAUCUGCCUCCACCCCCAUCCUGAUCCUCCUCAGUGAUUCCAUCCUGGUCCUCUGUGGAGCUGAGCUCGACAGAAAACGUCCUGUGGAGAUCUGGACUGAACAAUCUCUGCUACCCCGCCCUCCCAUUAAUGCAGAUUAUUUUAAAAUUUUAGAUUGGUCCUUUAGAUUAAAGAAAUCUCUCUGAAGAGAGCAGUCUGUUUUUUAGUUUAUUGAUCCUAAACGCUUUGAUGAACCGGAGUCAACAGCUGCUCUGGGGGGGGGCGUGGCUUCAAAUAGAAGCGUGUGUAUGAACAUACGUGUGUGUGUGUGAACAAUUACUGACAGUUGUCAAAGGGCAACAAAAAAAGCAAAAUGUUUGGUUCCCAUCGAGGACACGACAUAAAAGUUGGCUUGGGUCUGGGCCUGGGAGACCUGGUGGGGAGGGGCGGGUCCCUGCAUGGCCCUGCCCCUGCAAUCCCAUAUGUUCAUGUCUGUGUGCACGAGGAGGGGCCGGUCGGAGUGUUGUGUGACAGGAAGUCUUCUAUAGGUUCUGUGAAUUUGAAUAAUGUGAUUAAGACUCCUAAACAGUUGUGUGGAUGCUGAUAGUGUGUGUACGUGUGUGUACGUGUGUGUAUGAGCAUCAACGCAUGUAAGUUACAUGUGACAAAAACAAGUCUGUUCAUUUUCUGCUCAGAAAAAAAAAUGUCAGAGGAUCUCUGAUCUCCAUCAAGUCCUGUUCUAUGCUGAUGACGCUCAGUUUUCAUCUCUCAGAGAACAGUAUCUUGUAUCUCUAGAAGACAACAGUCCUGACCCCCUGCACAUCCCUCCAUCACUGAGAUCCACCCCUGCAGCUUAGCUCUCCACCUCCUACUGGUCAAAAAGAACCAAACUUCUCUACGUCUGGUUGCACAUCAUCAAAAAUUCUACUCCCUGACAUUUCGGUUCUUCAUCCUUUGGAUAACAAGUGUCUGAAAAUGUGCCCUUGUGUAAAAUCGGUCUGUUUGACGGGUUUGUCUUGAUCACAGGGGCCAAACUCCAGGCAUGGAGGGCUGGUGUCCAACAUGUUUCCGGCUGCCGUUAAGGCUCCUUGUUUGUAUAACUCGCCUGAUUCAGGUAAUCAGCUGCAGGUAGGGCUGGGUGUCUGAAUAACCAGCAGGAUGUUGGUUAUUCAGACCUGAAGUCUGACACCCCCCAAUGUAGAUCACAGACCAAAGCUCCAGACAUUUCUAAAACCACAACUGUGUUUGGAUUUGAAUAAAUGUUUGUGUGACCUUUUAAUCCCGGUUCAUGUUCUGCUUCUAAAUGUAGUUUCCUCAUGUCGGCUUCUUGUGUUUUGUCUGGCUGAUUAUUUUGGAGUUUCCCAUCUCAAGUUUUCCUCUGAUGAAGAGCUGCUCUCUCCUCUGAUCCAUGUCGAGGUGGGCGGGCGGGCGGGUCUGAGCCGGAACCGCCCCUGAAGUCGUUUCCUUCAAAGGUUAACUGGUCUGUGAAGUUGGUUUGAAUGUUCAAAUCUUACAGCGACUCCAGGAUACAGUGGAGCAAAAACGGAUUUGUCAGGCCCGGAUUCUGCAAGUCGACCCACUUAGAACGCGGGUUAGGUCUAUAAUGAUCCGCACAGAUGAACCCCAACGGUGGAAAUAAAAACCUCUAAUUCAAGCUUUUAGAAUUCCUGAAGUGGAAGAUUCUUUCAGACAGACUCGUGCACGCAUCCAAAACUUCCUGUCAUUUUCACUGAGCUGAGCGCGACGCCGGCUGGCCCGAUGCUGCAGAACGUCGUUUCCAGAGAGUGGAGGUGCGUUCAGGUUCAGGCUGUACAAACCGUUACCUAUUCAGAACUUUCAUGUUUCUCCUUUAUGUUCACAUUCUUUUUGUGCUCAUAUAAGUCUUUAAAUAAAUGAUCAUAACUGUG